CUCUGCUGCUGGCUGCUGGCUGCUGGCUUCUGGUUCUUCUGAUUCUGUCGGAGAGGAAGUCCUGCCUGCCCCAAAAAAAAAUCAAUUUCUAGGGUUUCUGGUCGAGGGUUUUUCUGUUGUUCUCCUCGGAGAAUUCCCAGGAACGGAGAGAUGUCUCAGGGCGGGAAGCUGAUGCCCAACCUCGACCAGCAGAGCACGAAGCUCCUAAACCUUACCGUCCUUCAGCGGAUGGACCCCUUCGUGGAGGAGAUUCUGAUCACCGCCGCUCACGUCACCUUCUACGAAUUCAACAUCGAUACCAGCCAGUGGAGUCGCAAGGACGUGGAAGGUUCUCUGUUUGUCGUCAAGAGGAACACACAACCUCGGUUUCAGUUCAUUGUAAUGAACCGCCGCAAUGCAGAAAAUUUGGUGGAGAAUCUCUUAGGUGAUUUUGAGUUUGAAGUCCAGGUCCCAUAUUUAUUAUAUCGAAAUGCUGCUCAGGAGGUGAAUGGGAUCUGGUUCUAUAAUGCUCGUGAAUGCGAAGAGGUUGCAAAUCUUUUUAGCAGGAUCCUCAAUGCAUACUCUAAAGUUCCUCAAAAGUCAAAGUUAUCUUCAACGAAAAGUGAGUUUGAGGAACUGGAAGCAGUCCCUACAAUGGCAGUUAUGGAUGGCCCUCUGGAACCCUCAGCACCUGCUACUUCCAGUGUUCCAGAUGUUCCUGACGAUCCAGCCUUUGUGAACUUCUUCAGUUCGGCUUUGACUGUUGGGAAUGCUCCGCGCACAACCAUCAGUGGACAGCCUUUCCAAUCUUCCCCCAAUACAAUGGCCCCACCUUCCCUGGCACCUGCUGUCCCUUCUCCUGCUGCACCAUCUCUGCAAAUACCAUCACCUCCUUUAUCAGCACCCGCCCCACAGGCUCCACUCCUUGAUAGUAUCGACUCUGGGAGCAACAAUAGUCGGGUCACCAAUCUCGUGAAGCCCUCAUUCUUUAUCUCACCCCCUUCAUCCUCUAAUGCGAUGGUGCCACCUGUCUCCUCAUCCAUGCCCACUGCUCCUCCACUCCAUCCUCCCGUGAACUUACAACGACCUUACGGUGCCCCUAUCCUUCAGCCUUUUCCUCCACCGACACCUCCACCAUCACUGACACCCAGCCCUGUUCCCUCUGCUAGCUAUGGGCCUGUUGCGAGCAGAGAUAAAGUUCGAGAAGCACUUCUAGUGCUUGUCCAGGACAAUCAAUUCGUCGACAUGGUCUAUCGAGCAGUCUUAAACGCCCACCAGUCAUGAGCAAACAGCCGAGUGAAGCAUUCAUCGCCUUCUACUUGCUGGAAAAUUUUUGUCUCUAUUUCUUUAACUCUCCCUCUCUUCUCUCUCUUCUAUGGCUUGGGGCCGUCUGGAAGAUGUGUUCAUGAUCCCAUUUUGUAUAGCGAACUAAUCAGUGCAUUCAACAUUUAAAAACCACAUUCUCUUUUAUGUGCUGCCGAUGAUAACCACAGGUUUAUUCCAUUACAGUAAGUAUAUA